UUAGUUUUGGAGUGUUGGUCGACAAAAAAAAAAAAAAGUUGGGAGUGUUGGCAAACAAAACCCUACUCUUCUCACACCCACAAAGAAAACAGAGAAACAACAAAUGCUGAAGUAGAAAGUGUUUCUCUCCUCUUCCUCCAAAAAUAUCAAAUUUUAUAUCCACCCGGGCUCUUUUUUCUGCUGAAAGAUUUGAUCUUUAUGUAGUUUCAAGCUUUUGGAUUAAUGGGUGGAAGAAGAUUGCAGGGUACUGGAAAUACAAACGACGAUGUAGUAUUCUCUUGUUCUUCCGGGAUUAGAAUCCGACGCAGUCCUCUAAAUAAUCCUUCGCAGUCCGGUGGACUAUUUGCCAGCGUUCAAGUUGCAAGAGGAUUUGGUAUCACACCGAGUCCUCAGAACUCCAUAGACCAAACCACAAAGCUUCUAAGCUCCACGUACAUGACAUACAUGUCGACGCGGUUCGGGUUUCGGAUUGGCAGGGUUGAUGAGUUGGUGGAGGCAGAGGCAUUGCUGGAGGUUGCAGAAGCAGAAGAGCUGUUGAAGAUUCAGAAAAUUAAUGGUAAUGGUGGGGGUUUGAGAUUGAAAAUAAAGGUUGGGAAUGCUUCGCUGAGGCGGCUGCUGAGCGGAGCAGUGGCGGGAGUGGUGUCGCGGACGGCGGUUGCUCCGUUGGAGACGAUACGGACGCAUUUGAUGGUGGGGGGCAGUCGCCACUCCAGUACUUCUCAAGUGUUUCAUUCUAUCAUGGAAGCUGAUGGAUGGCAGGGCUUGUUUAGGGGUACUUUGGUCAAUGUCAUCAGGGUUGCUCCAUGCAAGGCUAUUGAGUUAUUUGCUUAUGACACGGUGAAGAAGCACUUAACUCGACCUGGUGAAGAGCUGAAAAUCCCUAUCCCCGCUUCAUCAAUCGCAGGCGCUGUUGCCGGAUUCAGCUCAACCUUGUGUACAUACCCUCUAGAGUUGUUAAAAACACGAUUAACCAUCCAGAGAGGAGUGUACAAUAACUUUUUCGACGCAGUAUCAAAAAUUGUCCAACAGGAGGGACCUGCAGGGCUAUACAGAGGCCUCACCCCGAGUUUAAUUGGCGUAAUUCCAUACGCUGCCGCCAACUAUUUUGCUUAUGACGCCCUCUCAAAAGCUUACAAGAAAGCUUUCGAAAAGGAGGAAAUCGGAAACAUAACGACUCUCCUGAUCGGAUCAGCAGCUGCUGCAAUUUCGAGCGGUGCAACUUUCCCGCUUGAGGUGGCUCGGAAGAGAAUGCAGGUUGGGGCUCUCAGUGGGAGGCAGUACAAGCACAUACUUGACGCUCUUUCGAGCAUUCUUGCAAGUGAAGGAAUCAGUGGCCUGUACAAAGGGUUAGGGCCGAGCUACAUGAAAUUGGUCCCAGCUGCUGGGAUUUCCUUCAUGUGCUACGAAGCAUGCAAACGAAUACUGACUGAGAACGAGGAAGAAAUCUAAUACGCGCCCUUAUGGAGUCCGAAUUUGCAAUUUUGGAUCAUCCAUCAAAAAGUAGCUAGGUGGUUUCUUUUUAGUCCAUAUAUAUACACAGGGUUUGGCUGGACAUUCAUCAAACUGAAAGUAAUCUUUACUUCAUCACGCUCUCAAACUCGUUUCUUUGGGGUCAAGAAAAGUUCAAGUUGUCUUCAGGGGAGGAAAAUGAGUUUGAUUGCUAGUUGUACAUGGUGUGGACUACCAAGGGCACCUUGCUGACAAAUACAAAACCGGGGUUGGCUAGCCGUGGUCACACUUACAAAUUUAUAAAAACUGUGUUUCUUA